AUGCCGGCUGCUUGGGUGACGCUCGUGAGCGACGAUGGCUAUCGCUUUGUGAUUGAUCGGCGGUGGGCCGAGCUGAGUGGCACGAUCAAGACGAUGCUUUCGAUGGACUCGGGAGGAUUCUCCGAGGCAGAAAGCGGCGAGUGCCGGCUGCAGAUCCGCGGCCAGGUGCUCGAAAAGGUGGUCGAGUACCUGCAGUGGCACGCGCGCAACACGGACCGCACCGAGUUUAAUAUCAAGGACUUUGAGCGGAAAAUUCCCCCAGAGCUAGCGCUCGAACUCCUGAUGGCCGCCGACUUUCUCGAGGUCUAG